AUGGGUCGUCAAAAUAGUAAUGGCGGUCGUAGCCGGAAGGAUCAACCCGAGGCUGUCGCGCUUUUCCCGCCGAUACAUGUUAGCCAUGCGACAGCGGCGUCGGGCCCUAAGGCUCCUCCGCGAAACAAAAUGGCACUCUACGAGCAGGUUUCCGUUCCGUCGAAGCGAUUACGGCCGACGGCUCAACCUCUGGGAGGACCAACUAUGAACGCACCCUCGACGUUUCAUCCCAUGCACAGCGGGUCGGCGGUCCCGUUGAUGCCUCCCAACUACGAGAGUAAAUUCUCUUACGCUCCAUACGCCGCCCAGCAACAAGCGCAGCAACAGCAGCAUCCCACCAACAGCUUCAAAACCCCGCCGCAGGCCGGCAGCAUGCUUCAAUCCCAUUCCGGAAUCGCCAGCAGCACGGGAAGCUUCUCCGAAGCCGCAGCUUUCCAAAGCGCCGGCCAGGCUGCCUUAGCCGCCUGCGCAGCGCACAGCGCUGGCGGCGGCGCGGGAACUGCUGCCGCCCGGAACGGAGGCGGAGGAGCAGGCGGCACGGGGAGCAUCGUUCAAGGAAGAAGCGCGGGUGUUGGCGCGGGAGCAGGAACGGGAGCGGGAGCGGUGAGCAGCAACAGUAACAGCCACGGCCAGUCGACGCGAAGCGACGCGGAUCAAUGGGCGUUCUGGGCAUGGCAGCAGCGGCACAUGCCGUGGGGGAACGGCGCGUCCCCCAGCUCCCCCUCUCCGCCAGUCAUGCCGCAAGCUUCCAUGUCCCCCGCGAGCGCCGCCGCCGCCGCCGCCGCCGCGAUGGCCGCCUUUGCCGGCGCCAGCAACAGCAAGGACGGCAGCACAGCGGCGAUGUACCCGAUGCAGGCGCUCACUGCGGCGUCGGGUUUGGCCGGCAGUCGCGGCGACCCGGGUGCGGCGGCGGCUGCUGCGGCGGCCAUGGCGGCGGCCGGCGCGGCGUUUCUGAAUUACGGAAGCGCGUCGCAAGUCGCGGGCAUGGGCGCGGGUACGGGUUCCGGCGCAGGCGGAGGCGCAAGUGGCGCAGUUCCGACGCUCACCCCCGGAACGUGGAAUGGCGCAUCGGCGGAAGGAGGCCUGGCGGGACUGAUGUCGAAUUUCAGCUGGCCUGGAUCGGGUAAUCCGAAUGCGUUACUUAUGAUGAGUCAAGAGCAAAUGUUCGGCGGAAUGGGCGGAUUCGGGGGAAGCUCAGGCGCGGGGUCUCCGCCCGACCGCGGGUGUAUACACGGGGAAGGGGAGGCGUCGGGGCAGCAGCAGCAAGGGCGGAGCCCGUCCGCGGCGGCUGCACGUUCCGCCGCCAGCGAGAGGCUCGGGCGCAGGCGCGGGGAGGAGCGGAGCAGCCGCGGAGGACCUGCGCGGAGCGGAGUGGACGAGGCGCGGAAAGGGGCCUUGCGGAAGAGCGCAAGCACGAGGUCCGCGGGGUCCCGGGGCCCGGCGGCCACUGCGCCUGCCGGUGUAAUCGGCGGAGGCGGAGGCGGAGGGGGAGGGGGAGGCGGAGGCGGAGGGGGAGCGGUUGGCGCGAUGUCGACGACGAGUGGGCGGAGCAUGAAGAGCACGAUGAAGAGCGGGACGCGGGGCGCGGCGAAGGGCGGAAAGGGAAAGAAGCGGAAGGAGAUGGCGGCUGGUGAGGUCGCGGAGCUUGUGGCACAAACGCCGCAGGAGCGCGCGGAAGGAUCAGCGGGAGCAGCAGAGGAGGAGUUAUUCCGGGGAAUUGAGGUGCUUCGCGCUGCCGCCGUAGCUGCGCGGGAGGAGGAGAGGCGCGCGCGCGCCGAUGCGGCGGCGGAAGCUGCAGCGCAGGCGGAAGGGGACGACGACGAUACGGGGAUGGUACCUGCGCGGGCAGGCGCGGAUGAAGGAGCGGGAGUGGCGGAAAGGGGUGGUCUGUCAGAUCAAAAGGGCGAGAGCUCGGGGGAGCAGCGCGAGGCGCGCGCUCUAGGGCGCUUCCGCGCAGCUGCAGCCGCCGCUGCCGCCGCCGCCGCCGCUGGCGUUGCUGCUGGUUGUGCGAGCGGCUACCAUGGCGCGGUGGUGGUGGCGAGCGAUGGUGACUCGCUCCCCCCUGCCACUGCUGUGCUCCCUGCUCGUCCUGCCCCUGCUGUGUCCGCCCGUGCGUCUUCUCCUGCUUCUGCUGCCUCUACUGGUACCGCUUCUCCUGGGGCUGCCGCUGCUACUGCUGCUGCUCCCGCGGGCGCGGAGGCGGCGGGAGGCAUGCUGGCGAUGGUGCUGGGGGUGGCGGGAGGGGUGGAGGACGAGGAGGAGGAGCGGUUUCGGCGGGAGAGCAGGAAGCGGAGCAGGCGCGCGGAGGAGGGGCGCGCGGGGGAGGGGCGGAGGCUGGGCGCGGGGGAGGUGGACGGGGAGGUAGCAGGGGAGAGCAAGAGGGGGAAGCGGGAGGGAGGGGGGGAGAUGUGUAUGGGUGAUCUGGUUGGGGCGGUGGGGCAGAAGGAGUUUUGGCGGGUGAGGAAGGGUAUUGUGCGGCAGCAGCAUAUCUUCUCCACACAGCUGUUUGAACUGCACCGACUCAACAGGGUGCAGCAGGGACUGAUGCACGAGCCGCUCAACAUCAAAAAGCAGCAUCAAGUGCCGGAAGACCUCGCGUCCUUCGCGACCGCGUCGGACCGCCUGGUAGAGCAGGAGAUUAAUCGCCGCGCCGCGUUAGACUUCGUCACGGAGCUAGCCGGCCCGCUGCAGCCCCCCAGCUCCCCCGCGCAUUCGCUUUCGGGGGAGCGCACCCCACCCGCUGGCGCAACCCUCGGCGCAACAUUCGGCGCAAAUCCCGGCGGAACAUUAGCCUCUGGCGCAGCGCUUCUGGGCGCAAGCCUUAGCGGGGACUUGCCGCUUUCCGCCAAUGAGCUCCCCGUGGCGGUAUUUGCGGUCGACCGCGACCUGGUGUGCGCGCUUUGGAACAGGCGCAUGGCGGAACUGACGGGGUGGGCGGAAGGGGAAAUCAUGCGCUUGGGUCGAUUCGCGGAGGGGAGAUUCGCGGAGCGGCUCUUCCGCCCCGCCAGCGCAUCCGCGCCGUUCCGCCGAUGCGAGGACGUUCUCCGCGCCGCGCUCUUCGGCCGCGAUAUAGUCACGGCGGAGUUGCUGCUACUGAAGCGCGGAGGCAGCUGCGCGCGCGUGCGUUUAUUCGCCAGCGCGCGCACCGACGCGCUCGGCGCGGUUUGCGGCGUGAUUUGCGCCGUCAUUCCCGGGUCUUCGGGGAGCGGGGGUGGGCCGGCGUCCGCGCUGAGCGCAGCUUCCGCGCAUGGUUUCGACGUGGAUGGCGGCGGCGGAGGCGGAGGCGGAGGCGGCUUGCCGCCGUUUGCGCCGUCGCUUGCGGCGGGCGAUACGGAGGAAUGGCUGCAGCGGAACGCGUCGGCGGGGAGUCUGUACGGCAUGCACUCCGUGGACGAGGAAUCCGUGGGCGACGACAGCGACGCGGCGAGCAGCUGCAGCGAUCUCUACCAGCUCGGCUCCGCCCCGUUCGGCAGCAGCGCCGGUGGCGGCGGCAAUUCCGGCGGCUCCAGGCGCCACGUCAUGGAGCCCGUCUCCUCCAGCCGGCGCGCGAGCGGCGGCGGCGGCGGCAGCGGCAGCGGCAGCGGGGUGCGCGGAGGUCACGCAGGCGCGGGGAAUAGUGCGGGCGCGGGCCUAGACGCGGGCGGGGGGGCGGGAUUGGGGUCGACUGGGCGGCUUUCGUCGUCGUCUUCUGAGAGACAGCUGUCGGGGAGGCUUUCACUGGGGGAGGGCGAAGCUGCGACUGCGAUCGAAUCAGGGGCGGCAGGAGGAGCGGGAGGGGCGGGAGAGGCGGGAGAAGCGGGGGAAGCAGCUUUGCCUCUGACUCCGCCAGCUACGCCGCCAGUUGCGCCGCCAGUUGCGGCGGCGUUGCUUUCCCCUGUCAACGCGCCCGUGGUCGUGUCUUCGGGCGCUGAAGGCGUGGGCGGAGGCGCGGGGGGAGGCGCGGGGGGAGGAGCGGGGGGAGGCGCGGGGGGAGGCGCGGGGGGGGGCGUGGGCGGAGGCGCGGGGGUUCACUUAAAGCCCGUUCAAACGAAGCUAGCUAUCCGACGCUCGUGCGAUCUGCCAAAAUAUGGUGCGUCGCAUGUUACACUGUUACACUGUAACCAGAGGUCCUUUCGCCAUGUACUGGUUAGAUUCUUGCUUGCACCAACUGCUGUUCUGGUGUCCUCAAACUUCAGCUUUCAUGCCAUACGCGUUAGCAUCCCUCUCAACGUGCUGCCAUGUCUCUUAAUCUUCUGCUUUACACCUUUCUUCCCCUUUCCCCCCACCAACUCCCCUCUUUUCCUCAUUGUCCGGUCGAUUUUCUUGCAGCUUAUUCCUCUCUGA